CGAACAUUGUGCGCUCGGCUGUCUCCGAUAGAGCACGCAAGUAUAGUUGUUGCGUAACCAUCCAACCGAGCACACAAACCGCGUCGGCGACUUAUCAACCACGACAAUUAAAGUCAUAACCCAUGUUACGAAAUACGUCAAUCCUUUUCUGAGACCUUCAGUGGCCUUCAAUGUAGGCUGAAGCCUUAACGAUUGUGACACGAUCGAAUUGAAUAUGUGUGUAUACUGUGUACGGUUCUGUGAUUGUAUUUGAAUCUAACGGUAUUCACAAUCAAGAUGAGGGAAAAGUUUUUUUCAACACUAUGCAUGUAUAUGCUGCCGCUUCUCACGAUUAUUGGUGGUGCUGAGGAAGGGGCUCGUGUGAAGCGUGUCCGGGCUGAUAGCGCGGCGUCACAGGAACCACUUCAGGCUCUGGAUGCGCCAGACCCUGAACCUGAGUCAGCGCCUGCGCCUUCUGCUUUUCUCAGCCCCUCCGUUAAAGAAUAUCUAGAACUUGGAAUGGCUAUUCCCGGAAAAGCUGGUGUUGACUAUCCGGUUCUGGGAGCUGUUCCGUAUACAAACUUUUACUGCGAUGAACAACCUUAUCCAGGCUUUUUCGCCGAUAUGGAAACCAGGUGCCAAGCUUGGCAUUACUGUGACAUUGAUGGGCGUCAGGCAUCAUUCCUUUGUCCCAACGGGACGGUGUUUUCGCAAGGCGUCGCGUCGUGCGAUUGGUGGUUCAAUGUGCGAUGUGCUUUAUCUCCUGCUUUGUACCCCCUCAACGCACGUCUUUACAGACGCAGAAAGAAGCAGUCAAGGCCCAAACCACAUCGUUUGAUAGAUAAACAACUUGUCGACGAGAUAUUUUUGUAAAUAGAUAUAACGUAAUAAUAAUAUUUUAAAUCAGGAAAAUUGUAAAUAUAGUUUGUUAAAACCGUAACAGGUUUGCAUGGCCCUUUAAAUUUUUAUACUAUUAUGUUAAUUAUAAUAGUCCUUAUUAAUAUGUUAAAUAACGUAAAUGUGUAAUUUGUCUUUGACUUCCUUGCUACUAUUUGUAAAGAUCCAAUAAAUAGUACAUUUAAAUCAAAAUUUACAACUUUUCGUUAGCCGAUAGUCUUGUUUUAUUAUUAAAAAUUUGUAUGAAAUAGAUAAAAUAUAUAAUUAAUAUUGUGUUCCAUAAAAAAAAAAAAACCCGACUUCAGUUGUGGCAGACACUUGAGAUAUUUUAAUUGGUGGUAUUUUAAUUUAAAAACUAAAUAGAUUUUGAUAUUUAUAUAGGACCAAUUUGUAAAUAUAUUCUUUCAUAUAAAAAAAAAAUUUCCAAAUCACUUAAUAAUUGAUGGUAUUAUGAGGUAACAAACGUAAAAAAUAUACCAAAAUUGAGAACCUCCUCCUUUUUAAAAUCGUUAAGUUUGUAUAGAGAAUGUGGCCAUAUCUGUCAUGUAUUUAAGUUUUUAAUGCUUAGAAUUAAUUUAAAUAAAUUGAACAGUAUCUUUCUUUUA